AAAUGCUUCCUUCCCACCAUUACCAUUUCCAUUAGCCAACUCAACACAACACAACACACUUCCCAAUUAGUAUCCAACCUUUCAUGUUUCCUUUCUCUUCAUCAACUAUUCAAGUUGCUAUAAGCUUUAUUUGAUUCAUCAAAUUGUUUAUUCUUUUGGCUCAAAUGGCUGGUUGUGGAAUUUUAUCUGCAGUGAACUUGAAUUAUCAUGCUGGAGCAAGAAACACAAUCAAAUUGGGUUCUUCUUCUUCUUCUUCUACUGAUAGCUCAAUUUCUCUAUCAUUUGGUGGAAGUGAGUCCUUGAGAUUGGGAUUUCCUUCAACUCGUGCAACCAUCAGGUUGAGAAACCAUGGCUCUCCGUUCCGUGUAGUUUGCAUCGACUACCCUCGCCCGCAGCUUGAAAACACUGUUAAUUUCCUUGAAGCUGCUUACUUGUCUUCCACCUUUCGUGCUUCUCCGCGUCCAGCAAAACCCUUGAAGGUCGUUAUUGCUGGUGCAGGAUUGGCUGGUUUAUCAACUGCAAAAUAUUUGGCAGAUGCUGGUCAUAAGCCUAUAUUGCUGGAAGCAAGAGAUGUUCUAGGUGGAAAGGUUGCUGCGUGGAAAGAUGAGGAUGGAGAUUGGUACGAGACAGGCCUACACAUAUUCUUUGGGGCUUACCCUAAUGUGCAGAAUCUAUUUGGAGAACUCGGUAUUAAUGAUCGGUUACAAUGGAAGGAACAUUCUAUGAUAUUUGCUAUGCCAAGUAAGCCUGGGGAGUUUAGUCGAUUUGAUUUUGCGGAAGUCCUUCCUGCCCCAAUAAAUGGAAUAUGGGCAAUAUUGAGGAACAAUGAGAUGCUGACCUGGCCAGAGAAAGUCAAAUUUGCAAUUGGACUUCUGCCUGCUAUGCUUGGUGGACAGGCAUAUGUUGAGGCUCAAGAUGGUGUUUCUGUUAAAGAAUGGAUGAGAAAGCAGGGCAUACCAGAUCGAGUAACUGAUGAGGUGUUCAUAGCAAUGUCCAAGGCACUAAACUUCAUCAACCCUGAUGAACUUUCAAUGCAAUGCAUAUUGAUUGCUUUAAAUCGAUUUCUUCAGGAGAAGCAUGGUUCCAAGAUGGCCUUUUUGGAUGGCAACCCCCCUGAAAGACUUUGUAUGCCAAUUGUUGAUCAUAUUCAGUCCUUGGGUGGUGAAGUUCAUCUCAAUUCACGUAUUCAGAAAAUCGAGCUAAAUGAUGAUGGCACAGUGAAGAACUUCUUGCUAAAUAAUGGGAAGGUCAUUGAAGGUGACGCUUAUGUGUCUGCAGCUCCAGUCGAUAUUCUGAAGCUGCUUCUUCCCGAUAACUGGAAAGGGAUUCCAUAUUUCCAGAGAUUGGAAAAAUUAGUUGGCGUCCCAGUCAUAAAUGUUCACAUAUGGUUUGACAGAAAACUGAAGAACACGUAUGAUCACCUUCUCUUUAGCAGAAGUCCCCUUCUGAGUGUAUAUGCCGACAUGUCAGUAACUUGUAAGGAAUAUUAUAACCCAAACCAGUCUAUGUUGGAGUUGGUUUUUGCUCCAGCUGAAGAAUGGAUCUCAUGUAGUGAUGAAGAUAUUAUUGGUGCCACAAUGUCUGAACUUGCUAAACUCUUUCCUGAUGAAAUUUCCGCAGACCAAAGCAAAGCGAAGAUUCUCAAGUACCAUGUUGUGAAAACACCAAGAUCAGUUUACAAAACUGUUCCAAAUUGUGAACCUUGCCGUCCCAUACAAAGAUCGCCUAUAGAAGGUUUCUAUUUAGCUGGAGAUUACACGAAACAAAAAUAUCUAGCUUCAAUGGAAGGCGCUGUUCUUUCUGGGAAGUUUUGUGCACAGGCUAUUGUACAGGACUCUGAGCUACUUGCUACUCGAGGCCAGAAAAGAAUAGCUCAAGCAAGUUUUAUUUAAAAAAAAAGAAACAGAAGAGUUGAAGAUUAAUUCUGGAAGAGCACAGGAGCAUCAUGUCAACAUUAGCUUUAUCUCUGGUUAAGAUAUCGUCAACUAGGCAAAGCAUAUUUUAACGAUGAUGUGGAGUAGUGUAUGUAUGGGGAAAAAGCAGUAUGAGAAAAUUGAAGUUCAUGACUUCAAUUGUAGUGUGGCCAACACCUGAAAAUUGAAGUCGUCAUUGAGCCAUUGUAAUAGAGGGACCGGAAUGACAGUUUUUUCUCAUAUAUCCUUUUUUAUUUAUGUAUUAUCUUGUAUAUCAUUCAAUUCUACAUUUGUCAGAACAUUUGAUGGAAUGGCAAAAUAUUCCCAGAACUAGUUGGAAUUGAACA